GAAUGAUCGGCGAUAGAGCUAUCACCCCAACAAUGGCCGGGUAUGGACAAACUUCCACAUCACCAGGGAAUUUCACCGUGGAUUUGGGAGGCCUAGACGACAAUCAACCACCCCCAUAUAGUCAAUCGUAUGGACAGACUGGAAAGUUAAAUCAAGAUGAAUUUCAGUUUGUUCAAGGGUCUUCUUUAACGGACAAUAAUGAUGUGGAAGGAACAAUACCUUCUGCUGAGAGCAAAUCAAUACCAGGAACUGCAUAUGGUGUGAAAAAUCGUGGAAAAGCAUCCCAGUUUCUAGAUAGUAAAGGAUUUGGAUGGUUAUUAGAAGAAGAAGAUAUGGAUCAAGAAGAUUUAGAACCUUUAUUAGAGGAACUUGAUAUAGAUCUGAAGGAUAUUUACUACAAGCUGAGAUGUGUUUUAUUUCCCCUACCACAGCUUGGAUUUAAUCGGCAUAUUGUGAGAGAGAACCCAGAUUUCUGGGGACCUCUUGUUGUCAUCUUGUUAUACUCACUCGUCUCAUUAUAUGGACAGUUUAGGGUUGUUUCAUGGAUCAUAACUAUUUGGAUAUGUGGAUCACUCAUCAUUUUCAUGUUGGCCAGGGUACUAGGUGGAGAGGUAUCAUAUUCACAGUGUCUGGGUGUGGUUGGAUAUUCUGUGUUGCCAUUGGUGAUAACUGCACUCAUUCUUCCAUUAUUUAAAGCUUUUCAUUAUGUUGCCCUUUUAUUAAAGUUGCUUGGUGUACUGUGGGCAGCUUUUAGUGCUGGAUCAUUACUUUGUGUUCAAGAACUUCAGCAAAAGAGACCAUUGUUAUUAUAUCCCAUAUUCUUACUGUAUAUUUACUUCUUCUCUCUGUAUACAGGAGCUUGAUGGAAUCUCAUUCUCAUGGAAUAAAUGUAGCUGUAAUAGUUUGUGUAUUAAUUGUAUGUUUUGACGGAAGUAUGAAGUAAAUGGGUUGGACUGAUUGUAAUUUUUUUAUGCAAAAUUUGAAUAAUUUUAGACUUGUUCUAGUUUGGAUUUGAUUUUUUACAAUCAUUUGUGUUAUGUACGAUAAUUUGAAAUCAUGAAAUAAUUUCAAGUGUUUAAAAAGGAGCUGAAAUAAAGAGACUUGCCUGACAGCAGGAUAUCUAGGUCGGUCUGACAACUUGGAUGCUGAGGCUAGCCUGACGGCCUGGAUGCCGAGGCUGGCCUGACAGCAGGGAUAUAGAGGCUGGCCUGACUUAACUGAUCAAUGAUCUAUUGCUGCCAGGAUUCAAAAUCUUAAUGAUAGUUUACAAUAUAUAUUUAAAAUCCAUUAAUGUGUUUAAUUUAGUUGUCUAAAAAACAAAAUAUUUCUGUAAAAAUUGUUUACUUGUAGUCUGGAAAAAAAAAUCAUUUACGAAUUAAUGUCAGUAAAAUUAAUAAAGUAAUUUUAAAGAGUGCAUGUAAAAACAACUGUUUUACCUGAGGUAAUAUCUGGAUGAUAUUAACCCUAACUUUGCUGAACAUCUUAAAUGGACUUGUGUGGACAAAGCCAUUCAUAAGUUUUUUAAUGAGUACAGAAAAUAGUGCAGACCAUGAUCAGACACCACAGAUGUGCCAGCUCAUCUUGAUCUGCAUGGUUAGCAUCAGUAGUGGCCAGCUGGCUCAGGGUUAAAAUUGUUGAUUGUGUUUAAGUAAACUUUAGAUUGUGUUAACAUGUUUCAUUUAAUUGUAUCAUAAAUAUUCAUUGUGGGAUUUUACUGUUUAGAUUUAGUGGUACUUAUUAAUAUCAUAUGUAUAUCAACAACUGAUACAUGUUUUAAUUGAUUUUUUUAUACCACAAGCCAAACAUUUAUAUCCAUCAUUCAUUUAACACAGUGAUCUACAGUGUGUAAAGGUUGAAUGACUAAAAAUGUAGGUUUUGCCAUAACUUAGUUUAGUUUCAACAUAAUUUAUUGUCAAAUCAUAUACAUAAGGUACCAUUUAUAAAACAAUUUAUGAAUAUUCAUAUGGUUUUUAACAUUAAAUUUUAUGAACAGGAUUUGACAGAAGGGUUGACCAUCUUGUUCUGAAAGUAUAAGAAAUGGGCCAUAACAGAAAUAGUAAGUUUUGGUAACAUCAAAUUUCAAGGAUACUUUUAGUUAGAUAUUUAUUAGGCGACAGUUGCAGAGGGACAUAAGCUUGUAAAUAUAUGUAUUUAUAACCUACCUAUUGCUUCAUAGAGGGGUUUAAAAUUAUUAAUAUUUAAAUAUGAUAUUAUUGUUUAAAGAUACAGUUAAUUGAAGACAACAUUUGUACAAAAUGUUGACAAGUGUACUUUUUAGCUCGACUUUUUUUUUUUUGAAAAAAAAAUGUAGAGGUAUUGCUAUAGUUUCGGCGACGUUGCCGUCUGCAAACUUGUACCUGGAUCAUAACUUUUUUAUUUCUUGGUGUAUUGUCUUCAUACUUGGCCACAACAACCCUUUGGACAAGACCUUUCAGUAGACCACACUAACCUUGACCUUCAUCCAUGAAUGACCUUGACCUUCAAGGUUAAAAGUCCAAAUUUUGCUUGUUCAUACUGUUAUUGGCUGUAACUGUGUUAUUUUUGAAUGGAUUGUCUUUAAACUUAAACAUAAUAAUCUUCAAGGAUAUCCCUUAAAAAUAACCAGACAGACCUUGACCUUCACUCAUAAAUGACCUUGACUUUGAAGGUCAAAUUGUUGAAAUUUUCAUUUUUUUGGCUAUGAUUGGCUGUAACUUUGUUUUUUAUUGAAUGGAUUGUUUUCAAACUUGAACAUAAUAAUCUUCAAGGAUAACCCUUAAAAAUAACCAGACAGACCUUGACCUUCACUCAUUAAUGACCUUGACUUUGAAGUUCAAAUUAUUGAAAUGUUCAUUGUUUUGGCUGUUACUGGCUGUAACUUUGCUAUUAUUGAAGGGAUCAACUUCAUAUUAUAACAGAACAUACUUAAGGACAAGACCUUGUUGUUUAUCAAACACUAGGGCUCUUUAAUGACCUUGACCUUGAAGGUUAAAUGACUGAAUUUUCUCAGAUUUGUGCAUUAAAUGACCAUAUAUAUUUAUUGGUGUGAGUGCAUCAUCAUUAACAACAACAACAACACGUGUCACCACCACGUGUCACCACCACCACCAUGUGUCACCACCACCACAUGUCACCACCACGUAACACCAUGUGUCACCACUACCACGUGUCACCACCACCAAGUGACACCACCGGAUGACACCACAUGCCACCACCAUGUGUCACCACCACCACAUGUCACCACCACGUGACACCACCACGUGUCACCACCAAUGACACCACAUGUCACCACUAAGUGACACCACCACAUGACACUACUACGUGACACUACCACAUGUCACCACCACGUGUCACCACCACGUGUCAUCACCACGUGGCAAUACCGCGUGUCACCAUGUGUCACCGCCACGUGUCAACACCACAUGUCACCACCAUGUGUCACUGCCACGUGUCACCACCACGUGACACCACCACGUGUCACCACCACAUGACACUACCACGUGUCACCACCACUACGUGUCACCAUGUGUCAACACCACUUGUCAUCUAUUUAUAGAAUUUUCUAUUUAUAGAAUUGCGCAUUUCUAUUUAUAGAAUUGUGUGUUUCUAUUUAUAGAAUUUUCUAUUUAUAGAAUUGCGUGUUUCUAUUUAUAUAUAUAUAUAAAUUAGUAUAUUUAAAGAUUUUGUUCAAACAUUUCUUUGUUUGCUUUUAGAGAAAGUAAAAAGUCGAGCGUUUCCCCCGCCCGGCGGUGGCUCUUGUUGUAGUUACACUAUACUGAUUAUGUGUUUAAAGUAUUUAUGUAUAUCUUUGUACAUAUAUAAACAUUCUGUGAUAUGUAAUACUUAAAAAACAAUUGUACAGAGGCUGUGUUUACUUUAAAGUAAUCAUUGAAUAAAAACAAAAGUAAAAUAUA